CUUUGAGCAUUUAGCACUCCACUUUUGCUUUUGUUUCCACAUUGAUAUAUACCUUGUUCUUCCAUCAACUUGGUGAGCUCCUUACGUAAAUUCUCCACGAAGCAACCCUGAGCAGUGACCAUAACCACACUCUCUCAAGUCUCUAGAGAGAAGCUACCAAACUCCACAACACAUACCCAAUUAGCUAACCCCUCUCACACUUACAGACCAUGCCAAACGCAAACAUGCUUCUCCUUUUCCUCUUCCUUCUGGCGCUCUUCUCAGCCAUGACAACACCGUCAACCUCCGCGAUCGACACCUUCAUCUUUGCCGGCUGCUCCCAGCCCAAGUUCACGCCGGGUUCCGCCUACGAAAAUACCGUCAACUCGCUCCUCACCUCUCUCGUCAACUCCGCCGCCUUCGCCAACUACAACAACUUCACCGUCCCCGCCUCCUCCGACGCCGUCUACGGCCUCUUCCAGUGCCGCGGCGACCUCACCAACGACCAGUGCUCUCGCUGCGUGUCGCGUGCGGUUACCCAGCUUGGCACCCUCUGCUUCGCCUCCUGUGGCGGCGCGUUGCAGGUCGACGGCUGUUUCGUCAAGUAUGACAAUGCCACCUUCAUCGGAGUCGAGGACAAGACAUUGGUCACCAAGAAAUGUGGGCCGUCCGUUGGGUUGACCUCCGACGCGUUGACCCGGAGGGACGCUGUGCUGGCGUAUUUGCAGACGUCCGAUGGGGUUUAUAAGACGUUCAGGACGAGCGGGUAUGGGGAUUUCCAGGGUGUGGCGCAGUGCACCGGGGAUUUGAGUCCCAGCGAGUGCCAGGAUUGUCUUUCUGAUGCCAUCCAACGGUUGAAAACCGAGUGCGGGCCCACUAACUGGGCCGAUAUUUACUUGGCUAAGUGCUACGCGCGCUACUCCGAAGGUGGGACUCGCUCGCGUGGUAAUAAUAAUGAUGAUAGCAAUCACAAUGAUGAUGAGAUCGAGAAGACACUCGCUAUACUAAUUGGACUCAUUGCGGGGGUUGCUCUAAUCAUCGUUUUCCUUUCCUUCUUGUCCAAGGUCUGCGAAAAGCACAAAGGUGGUAAAUAAAGAAUAUAAUAUGUUCACAGUACUGAGAUUGAACUUUUGCUUUUGCUUGUCUUUCGGUAGCUCUUUUGCUACUUAGUCCCUCAGUCUCAAAUGUCCUUUUUGUAAUCAAUCGAUCUUAUUCUUAUCUUUUAAGUUUCCUGCAUAGUCCCCUUUAUAUAAAGAACACCAGCGAAGGUAUAGAUAGAAAGAUGUUAUGGAAAAAAAAGUUGUUCCAUGAAACAAGUUACACAAGGCCAAGGGUUGCAAUAAGGAGAAAAGGCUAGCUCAAAGAUUCCACUCUCUAAUGACCAUUCGUUUUCUUGUCUAGUGUCCAUCGAUGUGUACAAAUACUGAACACUUUAGUGAAAAGUGCAGCAUGCAUGCUUUGUGAUAGCCUUUGAUGGUUAUAAUUAGUUAGAGUUUUUACUUACUUUUUAUAUUAAAUCACGAUGAACAACUUUACUUUCGAUCUGAAAAAGUGAGAUUAAGAAAAGUUUGAUAAAAUUUCUGUCAAAUCGGUGUCCCAGUUUGUUAUCAUUUGGGACUUAUGACA